CACCCCUUCGUGGACAGCAAUCUCCUCUACCAGUUCAGAAUGAACUUCCGUCGGAGGCGAAGACUGAUGGAGCUGCUCAAUGAAAAGUCCCCCUCCUCCCAGGAAGCUCAUGAUAGUCCCUUCUGCCUGAGGAAGCAGAGCCAUGACAAUCGGAAAUCGACCAGCUUCAUGUCAGUGAGCCCCAGCAAGGAGAUCAAGAUCGUGUCUGCGGUCAGGAGGAGUAGUAUGAGCAGCUGCGGCAGCAGUGGCUACUUCAGCAGCAGCCCCACCCUCAGCAGCAGCCCCCCUGUGCUCUGCAACCCCAAGUCCG